AUGCCUGUUGAAGUCAGUGACCAAGAAUUGUGUGAAUGGUAUGAAACAGGAAUUCAGUUGGCUAAAGAAUGUGGUCAUAUGAUCAAGGAUUGUUUUUACAAAGACAAAAAAGUUACCCAGAAAUCUUCCUUUGCUGAUUUGGUCACAGAAACUGAUCAAGCAGUUGAAAAAUACUUUACCAAAGAAAUUCAUAAAAAAUAUCCUGGCCAUAAGGUUAUUGGAGAAGAAACAGUUGCUGAUGGCUACAAAAUUAAUUUUACUGAUGAUCCAACCUGGAUUAUUGAUCCCAUUGAUGGAACAUCUAAUUUUAUUCACCGACUUCCAUAUACAUGUGUUUCUAUCGGAUUGACUAUCAACAAAGAAGAAAUCAUUGGUAUUGUUUAUAACCCAAUCACUAAUGACUUUUUUCAAGCAAGGAAGGGACAUGGUGCAUUUUGUAAUGGGGAAAAACUGUCUGUAACUGGACUUGAAGAUAUUGAAAAAGCGAUGUUUAUCAUGGAAUUUGGAUCCAAUCGUGACCCUGACAAGAUGGCUGUGAAAUUUAAGAACCUUUUCACAUUGAACAAAGCAUCUCAUGGAAUUCGGGCCUAUGGAUCAGCAGCAUUGAAUUUGUGUGCUGUAGCACAAGGGCGUGGUGAUGGUUAUGUAGAGCAUGGUAUUCAUUGUUGGGAUAUUGUUGCUGGUGCUGUUAUUGUAAGAGAAGCUGGAGGAGUUGUUCUUGACCCGUCAGGACAAAAAUUUGAUCUCAUGAGUCGCUGUUGUCUUGCUGCUGCUAGCUUGCCACUGGCCAUGAAGGUGUCAUCUUUGAUUGAAGAUCCAGGGUUUGGGAGAGACUAG